AGGGUGACUCAGUCCUUUACUUCUUUUUACCCUUCCGCCGAACUCUCUCCGUCUCUCUUAGCGAAAUCUACGGUGAAACCGUCGAUCUUCGUUGCAUGCACUACCUAUAACUUCCCCACAAUGUCGGCGGAAUACGUCCGGCGAUUCUCCACCCUCUUCACCGGCUCACCCACCAACAUGGAGCAGCGAUGGACGGCCGGUGUCGACAUAGACGCCAUGAUCGAGUCAAUGGCGAGCAGAACUCCACAUGUGAAGCCGGCCCAUGUUCAGCUCAUCAAGCAGCUCCUUUCCUCCAUCAACAACGUUACCCACGACCAUCCCGUUUACCCCGUGAUGAUUCGGGAGGCGAUGGCGAGGUUGAAUGAGGGAAUGGGGUGUAAUAAGAACGAGAUAUCUGAAUUUAUUGUGAGGGAGUACGAUGUUUCCCCGGUUGUGAACUUUGCUAGGGUAGUUCAUGAGUUGGAUAAGCUUCUGAAGGUUAGGGAGAUAGUUUUGACUCCAGAGAAUCGGUACUUGGUUCGAGUGGACGAGAAUGAGAGUGGCAGCGGUUCGAUUCGUGGAAUGGGACGAAAACGUGGUAGGCGUGGUGGUGGGAAGGGAUGGAGAGGCAGUAAGGUGAGGAAAGUUGUUGAGGAGAAUUUGGUGGUGGAGGAUGAGGAUGAUAGUCAGAAUGUAAGUAAUGAAGGAGAAGAAGAAGAAGGGUGUGAGGGUCAGACUGAUGGUAGUAGCGAGGAAGGGAUGGAGAAGGAGAAGUUCCCACCUGGGUUUGAAGGAAGUAUUGACCGAAUUGAGGAAAGGGAGAAGCUAGUGGUUCGUAGAGAAGUAGAAAGAAUCGAACUUUUGCAAGGUGAUGAUGGAAGGAACGAACUUGCUUGUGGAAGGGAAGGUGAGGAAGAAUCUGUUCAGGGGGCUGGUGAUGUAGGGGAGGUGGACAGGGUAAUUAACAUGACUGAACCUGGAGGAAAUGAAGGUUCAGGAGACCCUCAAGAAACAUUGCAAGCUGAAUGUGCAAAUGAAGGAACUGCAUUGGUUAUUUUGCCGAGCAAAGAAGUGGAAGGUAAUAAUCCAGCAGCUCAAGUUGAUCCGACUUUGAAUGCGGAAACCCUUGAGAUAGCAAGCUGUUUACAGCCUCUAGAAGUUGAAAGUGCUGGAAAGAAAAGGAAGCUACAGAAAAAACAUGACAGAGUGUUGAACAGGAUUGGGGAUUUAAGCGACACUGUGGCAAGGUUUCAUGAGGAGAACCUGCAGUCUAAUGAAGCUGGGAACAAGAAACAUUUGUUUGAUGAGGCAAGUGAAGAGCAGUAUAUGGAGUUAUUGAAGAAGGCAGAAGCUGUUCAACUAGCUUUGGAGGAUGCCAUGGAUGAAGUGAAAGCAGUAGAUGUGUCGAACCAUAGUGGGACGGAAGUAGUGGCAUUGCCGUACUCUGUUUCAGGAACUGCACCCAAGCCCGAGAUUUCAAAAGCGACGAGGCAGGGUAAGCGGAAACGGAAAACCAAGCAUCAUAAGAGGACUCGAGAAGUUCAUAAACUGCUGAAAUCUUGUCCAAAACAGGAGGCGUGUAUAGGUAUUCAAAGUGAACAGUUAAAACGUCCAACAAAGCUAACGAUCAAGUUAACCCCUCCGAGUCUGCCACUCCAGCAAAAUGAAUCAUCUGAACGGCAAAUCGUUUGUGGCCUUGAGAAUGAGGGCAAAAGUAAGUGGGUCCAUGAUAGAAGCAGUUCUCAACCUGCUCGAGUUCAUAGUGUAGCUGCAAAGGGUCUUAAACCGAGAAGUGCCUGCCUAAUGUAUGAUAAGGACCAGACUAUAAGGGGCCCUAGGUUCAAAAUACCUCGGAAUAGAGAGCCAAAUGUCAAGGAAUCAAGACAGGCUAGAAAACAGGAGGUCAAAAUCCCUAUGAAAGAAUCAAAUAUUAAUUGGGCAACAGCAGGGGAUUGUACUCAGACUUGCCAGCAGCCCCAGGCUGAGCCGUUAACUUCACAGCAUGAAAAGGAGUUGCAAAAUCUUGGGAAGUCACUUCCAAUUGAGUUGGCUUUGGAGCCCAGUACUGGGCGGAUAAUCUAUCUUCAAAAUCCUGGUAAGCAACAAGGACAAAUUCAAUGCCAGGGGGGACAUGGUAAGGACCAGACUAGUAAUGACUUCUGUGAUGUGAGAACUUGCUUAGACCAUAGAGAACAUCACGACAAACAGCAAGUGGAAGGUGUUCGUGAGAGUAUCCCGAACUUGAAGCCCAGUACUGGUGUAACUGAUAACUUAUCGCUGGAUUUGGAGCAUCAAUCUUAUGAGCAGGGAAAGCAGCCACAAGUUGAAGAUCAAAUAUCAAAUCAGUCGGAGGAGAUGGUAAAACUGCAAAGUAUUGUAUCUAAGCAGCAAAAUCAUGAUGGCCAACAUCAAGUGCAAGAUAGUCAUGAGGGUAUCCCAAAGUUGAAACCAAGUGCUAGUAUAUCUGGUAACUCAUUGGCAUAUUCAGAGCAUCUAUCUCACGAGCAGGGAAAGCUGCCACAGUUUGAAGAUCAAAUAUCUACCCAGUCAGAGGAGAUGCUAAAUUUUCAAAGUGACUUAUCUAAGCAGCAAAAUCAUGAUGACAAACAGCAAGUGGACGGUACUAACGAGAACAUCCCAAAGUUGAAACUGAGUGCUGGUGUUACUGAUAACUUGUCGUUGGAUUUAGAGCAUCUACCUAAUGAACCAGGGAAGGCACCACAGGUUGAACAUCAAGUAUCUAAUCAGCCAGCGGAGAUGCUAAAGUCACAUAUUGAUCUAUCUAUGCAGCAUAAUCAUGAUGACCAACAGCAAGUGGAAGGUAGUCAUGUGAGGAUCCCACAGCUGAAACAAUGUGCUGGUGUAACUGAUAACUCGUUACAUUCAGAGCAUCUGUCUAAGGAGCUGGGGAAGCCACUGCAGGUUGAAGAUCAAGUAUCUAAAGAGCCAGGUGUAACUGAUAACUCGUUACAUUCAGAGCAUCAGUCUAAGGAGCUGGGGAAGCCGCUGCAGGUUGAAGAUCAAGUAUCUAAAGAGCCAGAGGAGAUGCUAAAACUACAAAGUGAUGUAUCCAAUCAGCUAGUGCAGCUGCAACAUAUUCAAGGUGAAGGAGCUAAUCAGCAUGAGGAGCAGACUCAGUGCGAAAGUGAAGUUCGUGAUCGGCUAGUGUAUCAGCAACAGUUUCAAGGGCAAGGAUCUGAUCAGGAAGGAGGGCACCAAAGGUCUGAAGGGCAGGUAUCGAGUCAUCAGAAGCAGCAUGAGGAGCAACUAGCCGGAAGCCAUGGAGAUAAGCAGCAGUGCGAGAAAAAACCAGUUCAACCACAGACAUCUGAUGAGCAGGAGCAAGGCCAAGGAUCUUCCGAGCAGGAAGAGCUGCAAGUUGAAGCCCAUCAGCAGAGCCCCUCCGUAUUAGAACGUGCUAAGUCCGCACCUUUGACCACUCCAUCAAGUCAUAAGCGCGAGCAGAAACAACACCAGCAACAAAGGGUUGUAGGGGAAGGAAGGUUGACAAGAUCCAGAGUCGCAGCAGGAGCAGUAGCAGCUCUCUCGCCAUUGUCGUCUUCUUGGCACCAGAGACAGCAAUCUCCAGGGUCUUCAGACGAACAGAAGUGUCGUGGGAAGCAGGGUCGCCGCAGUAAUAUGAAAAAUACGAGUAAUGAGAAACUUCAAGGUCGAGUUAGGGGAACAGCAGCUGCAAAGCUGCGUAGGAGCAUAUAGAUAAUCUAUUCUGUUCUAAGCUUGGACAACGUUGUUUUGGACCCUUUCUGCCCGCCCAGAUAGGUUAGGUUCAUAGGCGGGAUGCAAACAAAUCUGCUUUCCAGCGAUGGCGUUUGUGCAGCUCAAUCGAUUACUGAUCUGUCGUUGUUCCGUUUGAAACUUAACAAUAGCUGUUAAUGAUGGCCGGUUGAUCGGCAUUUGGGGAGGAAUUAUGAUUGUGGUGUAUGUAACCGUAUCUAGUUAAGUACUUUUCUAUAUGCAUCUCGUCCAGCU